AUGUCAUCGUCGUCGUCGUUGCGAUCGAUAGCUAAAAAGUUGACAUACGAUGCUACUGAAUAUGGUGUCGAAAAACGGUCUCGGAGUAGCUGUUGGCUGUACAUAGUUGGUGAGAGAGUUGAGUGUUCCAUAGCCUUUGUCAACUUGUAUUUGUAA